CGUAUCGCUUUCUCCCAGAUGGGUGAUCUCCUCGUGACUACCGGCGAUGAUGCCAGCAUCCGUACCUGGAAGCAGGCAGCCAACGGUCACUGGAUGGAGUACGCUCAGAUCGAGACUGCCCAGGACAACUAACUGAUCGUGCUAAGCUCAGUCUUCACAAACAUUUCACACACCAAUUCGAUGUUACGAGGCUUGGUUUAGGGCAUUUCAACGGCGUUUACGGUAUUGACGGGUUAGACACAUCGACCGGGUGCAACCCCUACUCCUUAUUGCAGGUUGUGACUCCUCAAAUCACGACACUUGGUAAUGGAGUUUCAGAGAAAUUGCUCCUUCGGAGGGAUACCUGUAUUUUCUUUCUCGAGACUUCAGGGAUUGAGCAUCGAUGGACAGUGCCAUGUGCUAUGCACCACUGCCUAUUUUGCAAGGUUUCCGCUCACAGAGAUGGACCUGCUCCUACGACUAUUGCUGCUUUUUCUUCUUUUCCGGUUUUCCGAAUACCCCACGGCUACGAUGCCAUUCACGGUGGGACCUGCGACUGCUUACGGGAUUUUCUUGUACUUUACAUGGGCAUGAUGAAUUUAACGAUAACUAGACUU